AUGGAUGACGAUGGAGUACCAUUAAAACACAGACGAAAACCAUCUCUAUGCAUCUCAUGUUGUUUCCGCAACAACCACAACAACCAUGAACACAUAAUCCCAUCUCCAUCGCCAUCUCCAUCUCCAUCUCCAUCACCGGAUUUUAACAACCAUUUUAAAUCAUUUAGAUCUACACUUAAAUCUCCGACGUCGUGGCUUAAAUCAAGAGUGAAUCAUCAUAACAGUCGUCCUCAUCAUGAGUUCCCGGAGUUUAAAGAGAAAUGUAAGAAUUUGAUGGGUAAGGUGGGGAGGAAUCGAAGACAUUCUGCUGAUUUCAGGUAUGAUUCGAUUAGUUAUGCGCUUAAUUUUGAUGAAGGUGUUUCUGAUGAUACGCAUCCUGAUUAUUAUCAAGAUCAGUUUCCUAUGAGGAAUUUUUCAUCACGGUUACCUGCUUCUCCACCGGAUACUCCAACUGCAAAAAAAUCUUCAUCGUCUUCUUCUAAUUCUUCAGUUCUCGUUUCGUCUAGAGAGAUCACUGCCUAUAGUUAG